AGGAUCACGUAGACCACAGAGGCUGCAUAAAGUGAGCUGCUCUAAGCUGGAAUCCAUUUAAGCAAGCAGCACUGGUGCAUUGUGGGUCAGAGGACGCAAACAUGCAGUCGUUCAUCGCAAAGAAUGGAAAUGAAACUCCAGAGCCGGUGAAAGCUCAGGUGAAAGGGUCCCUGCCUUCCUGGCUGCAGGGGACCCUGCUGAGGAACGGCCCCGGCCUUUUCUCUGUGGGGGACUCUGAAUACAACCACUGGUUUGAUGGAUCGUCACUCAUCCAUAGUUUCACCUUCAGUAAUGGGGAAGUGAGCUACAGAAGCAAGUUCCUUAAGAGUGACACCUACAAGAGGAACAUCAAGGCCAACCGGAUCGUUGUGUCAGAAUUUGGAACCAUGGUCUACCCUGAUCCCUGCAAAAACAUAUUUGCCAGGACAGCCACACACCUUAGCAACAUUGUGCCAAACUUUACUGACAACAACUUGAUCAACAUCAUUCGUUAUGGAAACGACUACUACGCCUCCUCUGAAGUCAACUACAUCAACCAGAUUGACCCAGACACCUUGGAAACCGUUGGUAGGGUCAACUACAGGAACCACAUUGCUCUGAAUUUAGCAACAGCCCAUCCUCACUAUGAUGAUGAGGGCAACACAUACAACAUGGGGACGGCCAUUAUUGGCCUUGGACGACCAAAAUACAUCAUCUUCAAAGUUCCCGCUAAAGCCACAGGGAAAGACCAGAAGAAGCCCGCGCUGAGGCAAGUUCAGCAGAUCUGUUCGAUUCCUUUUCGCUCCGCCUUGUUCCCGGGCUAUUUCCACAGCUUUGGCAUGACUGAAAACUACAUCGUCUUCGUGGAACAACCCUUUAAACUGGACAUCGUCAAACUGGCAACGGCAUAUUUCAGAGGGGUCAACUGGGGGAGCUGCCUCAAGUUUGAUGAGAAAGACACUACCUUGUUUCACAUCAUUGACAGAAAAACAGGGAAGAAAAUAUCCGCCCACUACUACGCUGACGCUCUAGUUGUCUUCCAUCACAUCAAUGCCUAUGAGGAGAACGGCCACGUGGUCUUCGAUAUGAUCACCUACAAGGACAGCAAUCUAUACAACAUGUUCUAUCUUCACAACAUGAAGAAGGACACCAAUGCCUUCAUCCAGACAAACCAGGAUUUUUCUCCACCAGUUGGUCAAAGAUUCGUCUUGCCUCUCGAUGUUCACAAGGAAUCCCCUAAAGGAACCAAUCUUGUGACUCUGACCGACACAUCUGCAGAGGCGGUGAUGCAGGAGGAUGGAUCAGUCUACUGCAAGCCUGACAACAUUUUCGUAGGUAUGGAGUUGCCCGGAAUCAACUACAAAUUUAACGCUAGAAAGUACAGAUACUUUUAUGGCUCCAGGCUGGAAUGGUCUCCGCACCCCAACAAGAUCGCCAAGGUAGACAUUGCGACCAGAACCCAUCUUGAGUGGUACCAGGAGAACUGCUACCCUUCAGAGCCGGUGUUUGUCGCAUCCCCUGGAGCAGUAGAGGAGGACGAUGGUGUUAUUCUGUCUUCUGUUGUUUCUUCUGAUCCUGACAUCACCCCAUUCAUGCUGGUCCUGAACGCAAAAACCUUUGAAGAAAUCGCCAGGGCUUCUAUUCCCACCACUGUCCACAUGGACCUUCAUGGACUCUUCAUUCCUGAUGCUGUUUGACCACCAUCUCUAAGCUGGAUGGAUAAUUCUCUGGGAGUCUAAAAAUAAUAUUCACUUUAAUAGAUGGUUUUGAGCAGUCUUAAUUCAUUUUUUCCUCUUCCGCCAUUUGAUGGUCAGAUUUUUUUUUUUGCAAUUUAACCCUUUGGCAUGUAUCUGUUAGUGUCAUUUUUAAAGCUUUUAUUUUGGCAUUGUAAAUAGAAAGUAAAAAGCUUUUGACUGUGAAUAAGUUUAUUAUUGUCAAACACUGGCAAAGUUAAACUACAUUAAAGUUCACAAGGGUUUUCCAUGCAAAGAAACUAUGGCGGACACCACCAUCCCCGUAUUGUAGGGGCAUUUGGAGGAAUAGGGAGAAGGCGGAGGGGUAGGGGAAGAAUUUGGAUUUGGCCUAGGUGUCAUAUAAUUCCAACCGGACCCAAACCGCAAUGAUCAAUUAUCAAAUGGUUGGCACUUCUGUCAACUGAAAGGAAUGUCACUACCACAUCGAAGUUCCUGAUUGGACCAAGUUCAAUAUGAUUUAACUUCCAACAUCAGAUUAAUCAUCACACGUUUUGCACAUGGCAGUACAAACUUGCAUUGCUACGCAUAAACGUGGCACUCUUAACAAAGACUUUUCACUGAAAGUGGCUGGGUUGCUGAAGGCGGUGUAAAUGUACUAUUAUUUUAAAGCUCUUUGUGUUUGUUGCUGUGAAAAAUUGGACAGCAAAAGUCAAAAGUCCAUGGUGAAUUUUUUCAAAUGCUGUUCAACGCUGUAAAUGUUUCUAUUGUUAUGUUUAAAAAGCAUUUGUGUAAAUAUUGGGAAGAAAAGUGCAACCUUUUAUUAAUUAAUUAGCAUUGCUGUAAAAAAAAUUAACUACAUAUUAAGUGUUUUAGUUUUACAUGUAAAAUAAAGUAUUCAAUGAUUUUGCCUUUAAAUAUGAAUAAAAUGUUUGUUUUUUAA